AGGGGAUACAUUGUAAUUAAAUUUAUGAUCAAGGUUAACUCUUGUCCUAUAGUUUAUCCACUAGUGGAUUAAACAAUGGUCUGAAAUUAUGGUACAACAACCAUUAUAGUAUAUAAUAUUAACGCAUGUUCCUCUUUGUUUCACCUUACUCCCAACGUGUUCUUUGACUUUUUUCUUGCUCUUCUUUCUAGUUGUUCUGUUUGUUUCCAAAGAAAAUAGGAUAUGGAGAGAAAAGACAUAGAAGACGGAGACAUUACAAGUUCCCUUCUUGCUAAAGAAAACCUUGACACUAAUGGCGUUAGUAGCAGCAGAAAUGUUGCAGCGAAUAGUGGCGGUGCCGCCACAGCUAUGGUGGUGUUCAGCACCUUCAUUGCCGUUUGUGGAUCCUAUGUUUUUGGUGCUGCUAUUGGAUAUUCGUCACCAGCUAUGUCUGGAAUCAUGGAAGACUUGGGUAUCUCUUUGGCACAGUUCUCGGUAUUUGGGUCAGUGAUGACAAUUGGAGCAAUGUUGGGUGCAACAUUUAGUGGGAAGAUAGCAGAUCUCCUUGGCUGCAGAUGGGCAAUGGGAUUAUCUGAAAUAUCUUGUGUUGUGGGAUGGCUUGCAAUAAUGUUCUCAAAGGGUGCUUGGUCACUUGACCUUGGGAGGCUGUUGAUAGGCUGCGGGGUUGGGGUUCUUUCUUAUGUGGUACCUGUAUAUAUAGCAGAAAUAACACCCAAAAGGCUUCGUGGAGGUUUCACUACUGCUCAUCAGUUCAUGCUUUCUGUUGGCUUAGCGCUUACAUAUUUUAUUGGAACUGUUGUAAACUGGCGCACAUUGGCUCUCAUAGGAACUAUUCCCAGUCUAGUACAGCUUGUUGGUCUAUUCUUUAUUCCAGAAUCUCCAAGAUGGCUGGUAAAGUUUGGUGAAGAGAAAGACUACGAAGCUUCUCUACGGCACCUUAGGGGAGAAGAUGCUGAUAUUUUUCAGGAAGCAACUGAGAUUAGAGAAUACACAGAGGCCCUUCAACAGCUUCCACAGGGUAGAUUUUUGGACUUGUUCCAGAGGAUAUAUGCUCAUUCACUAAUUGUUGGAGUGGGGAUAAUGAUACUGCAGCAAUUUGGUGGUGCUAAUGGGAUAGUAUUUUAUGCAAGUUCUAUAUUUAAAUUAGCUGGUAUUGAAAGAUUCUUAAAUAUUUCACUAUACAUCGGGGUGACGAUAUUAGGGAAACAUAAUACAAAAACUUUAUAUCACUUUUUUAUUGCAGGUUUUUCAACUGAGGUUGGGACUACAGCAAUGGCUGUUGCUCAGAUUCCAACAUCCAUACUGAGUGUAAUUAUAAUGGAUAAAGCCGGAAGGAAACCGCUUCUAAUGGUUUCAGCAGUGGGAACAUGCUUAGGUUGCUUGAUUACAGGGUUAUCAUUCUUGUUGCAGGACUACCAAUUGUGGAAAGAGGUCACUCCUGUGUUGGUGUUUGUUGGCACAUUGGUAUAUAAUGGAUCAUUUGGAUUAGGGCUUGCAGGAAUACCAUGGCUUAUAAUGUCAGAGAUAUUUCCCAUAAACAUGAAAGGUUCAGCUGGAAGCCUAGUGUCUUUGGUAAACUGGUUUAGUUCUUGGAUUGUGUCCUACAUUUUCAACUUCUUAAUGGAAUGGAGCUCUGCAGGGACGUUUUUCAUAUUUGCAAGCAUAUCAGGCUUAACUGUUCUAUUCGUUGCAAAGCUAGUACCAGAGACGAAGGGGCAAACACUUGAAGAAAUACAGACAACUAUGAACCCACGCUCAACGAGUUAAAAUUUGAAGGGAUACAGUCAAAUUUGCAAACAAAAACAUUCAAGGUCAUCAGUUAGGAGCCUAUAAAAGAUUGUCCAUGAUGGGGUUUGCCAAUGGAAGAACCUUCAACUCACUUUUUUCAUUGAAUUUAUUUAUUUGGGUAUUGAAUCCCAUAUGGGGAGCUGAAAUGCAUCUGAACUUUAAGCUAACACAAUUCUUCAUUGUUGUACAUUGUUCUCCCUUUGGGAUACAUUGGCGAGUCUUUUUGAAAAGAAAAGGUCUUGAAUUGUAAGAAAUUUUUUUUGUUAAGCUAAAGCCAAAUGUUGUUGGUCAGGUAAUUAAGAGAAACAGUACAUCCUGUCUGUACACAACAGAAAAAGU